AUGGGUUUCUUGGGCAGCGUCUGUCGUUGCUCCGGGGCGCUGCUUGCCAUUCCCAUCGCAGUGAUCGUUGCGGUCAUGGUGGAGACACCCACAGUGACGAAGCUAGAAGGUGGGCCCACUUUUCAGGCUCCUGCUGACGAGCCGCUGCCGGAUGCGACGGAAGCGUCAAAGGAGGGACCAGCGGCUCCUCGGAUGGGCUCGGGCAGCAUGUUCGACCGUAUCGCCUUCGUCUACGACUCCACAAACAAGUGGAUGUCGCUCGGCCUCGACCAGCAUUGGCGCAGCACGCUCGUCAAGGACUGCUUGCAGCUACAGCCAGAGGACAAGGUUUUGGACCUGGCGACGGGCACGGCCGAUGUGAGCAUCCUCGUCGGGCAGCAGCUGAGGACACUUGGCGCCGCCACAGACGCCGUACUGGGAGUCGACCCGAGUAGUGAAAUGCUUCGCAGAGGUGUUUCCAAGGUGGAGUCCAGCGGCCUCGACCAAGUCGUCCGCCUCGUCAAAGGCGACGCGCAGGACCUCACCAGUGUGCAGGGUAUCGACGCAGCGGGCACCGUUGCCGACCCCAGCGCAGGGGCGGCGACGGGAUCGAUCGACAAGAUCAGCAUGUCAUUCGGCAUCCGCAACGUGCCUGACCGCUCGAAGGCGCUGGCCGAGAUGCGCCGCGUGAUGCGCAAGAAGGAUUCCAGCAGGGUUUGCAUCCUCGAGUUGUCCCUGCCCAGUGGAGAGACCUUCUUGUCCAAGGUGGCCAGGGGAUUCAUCACGCACGUCGUGCCUCUGAUCGGCUGGGUGGCGACAAUGGGCUCUGGUGGCGACGAGUAUGACUACCUCGAGCGGUCCAUUCUGCGAUUCCCGAAGCCCAUGGACUUCGCAGCAGAGCUGGGCCGAGCUGGCCUUCCCGUGGAGACCAUCACCAGUUUUGCUUAUGGCGCCGUCAACCUCUACAUGGCCAAGCCGGUACUUUGA